CAUAAGAUAUCCGUUCCCACAAUUUUUAUCCCAUAUUCAAGCAAAGCAACCCAAUCAACGAUGCAAGCAGAAGCAGUAGUAAACUCAUGCCAUAACUUCACCUUCUUUCCUUCACAGCCAUAGGCCAUGGCUUCGUUUCUUUCCACUGCUGUCAUUGCAACUCUCAAACUCCACCCACACUUCAGAAAAUACCCGCCAACCUCCUAUCCCACAGACAAGGGGCAAAGCAUUUCUUUACAGAAAAACCACAGAUUCACUUAUUUGGAUCCCAGCAGGUAUCCUGAUUUUCGGGAAGCGCUUACGUUGGCCAAAGAGGGGUCAAAGGAGGUGGAACAAUCUUUCUACGCUCCCUUGUUGCAGCAAUGCUUAGACAAGUGCUCCUAUUCAGACACACAAAUUGUUCAUGGUCAUGUCAUGAAAACAGGUACCCAUGAGGACUUUAUUGUCAUGUCAUUUCUGGUCAACGUUUAUGCCAAAUGUGGAAACAUGGAGGAUGCUCGCAGGGUCUUUGACAACUUGCCUAGAAGAAACGUGGUGGUGUGGACCACGUUAAUGGUGGGUUAUGUGCAGAACUCGCAGCCAGAGCAUGCCAUUCAUAUGUUUCAAGAAAUGUUGCAUGCAGGAAGUUACCCUUCUGUUUACACUCUUGCUGUAGCUCUAAAAGCUUGCACUUCUUUGCAGUCUCUCAAGUUAGGAGAUCAAUUUCAUGCUUACAUAAUCAAAUACCUUGUUGAUUCUGACCCCAGUGUUGGCAGUGCACUUUGUAAAUUAUACUUCAAAUCUGGCAGGUUGGAGUAUGCUCUGAAAGCAUUUAGGAGAAUCGGAGAAAAGAAUGUUAUUUCGUGGACUUCAGCUGUUUCUGCUUGUGGGGAAAAUGGUGCACCUGUGAAGGGGUUGAGACUUUUUGUUGAGAUGAUUUAUGAGGAAAUGAAGCCUAAUGAGUUAACUUUAACUAGUGUAUUGAGCCAGUGUUGUGAAAUUCGGUCUUUGGAAUUUGGGACUCAGGUUCAUUCCUUGUGCAUUAAAUUCGGCUAUGAAUCAAACUUACUUGUUAGGAAUUCUUUGUUGUAUUUGUACCUCAAAUGUGGGUUUAUUGGUGAGGCUCAAAGGUUGUUUAAUGGAAUGGAUGAUGUCAGUUUGAUUACGUGGAAUGUGAUGAUUGCUGGACAUGCGCAGAUGAUGGAACUUGUAAAGGAUAAUCUUUCUGCAUGCCAAAGUGGAAGUGAAGCACUGAAACUUUUCUCCAAGUUGAAUCGGUCAGACAUGAAACCUGAUCUGUUUACCUUCUCUAGUGUCUUAAGUGUUUGUAGUAGAAUGGUGGCUCUAGAGCAGGGGGAACAGAUUCAUGCUCAGACUCUCAAAAGCGGAUUCUUGUCUGAUAUGAUUGCAGGUUCUUCACUGAUUAAUAUGUACAUUAAGUGUGGAAGCAUUGAGAGGGCUAGCAAAGCAUUUCUAGAGAUGUCUACCAGAACUAUGAUUUUAUGGACUUCUAUGAUCACAGGUUUUUCACAGCAUGGUAUGUCACAACAAGCAUUGCAUCUUUUUGAGGAUAUGACACUAGCAGGGGUUAGACCAAACGAGAUCACUUUUGUGGGUGUUUUAGCAGCAUGUAGCCAUGCUGGGAUGGUAAGUAAAGCACUUAACUACUUUGAGAUUAUGCAAAAGAGAUAUAAAAUUAAGCCUGUUAUGGACCAUUAUGCUUGCAUAGUUGAUAUGUUUGUGAGGUUAGGCCGUUUGGAGGAAGCUCUCAGUUUCAUUAGCAAAAUGAAUUAUAAACCUAGCGAGUAUAUUUGGUCAAACUUGAUUGCUGGUUGUAGAAGCCAUGGGAAUCUGGAAAUGGGGUUUUAUGCUGCCGAACAGUUACUAAAGCUCAAACCAAAAGAUACAGAAACAUAUUUAUUGUUGUUAAAUAUGUACCACUCAGCUGGGCGUUUUGAGGAUGUUUCAAGGGUGAGGAAGAUGAUGGAAGAGAAGAAAGUUGGAAAAUUAAAGGAUUGGAGCUGGAUUAGCAUUAAAGACAAAGUGUAUUCAUUUAAAACCAAUGACAAAACACACCCACAGAGCUCACUAAUAAGUAAAUCAUUGGAGGAUUUGCUUGCCAAAGCAAAAAAUCUUGGAUAUGAGGUGCUAGAAAGUGUUGAAAUAAGUGAUGAAGAGAAGGAGGAAAAGACAUCUUCCUCUACCAUUUAUCACAGUGAGAUGCUGGCCAUUACAUUUGCGUUGGAGAACUUGCCAAAAUUUUCUCCAAUAAGAGUUGUCAAGAACACCUUAAUAUGCAAGGGUAGCCAUGAUUUUAUUAAGUACGUUACAACACUGACCAGUAGGGAAAUCAUCCUUAAAGAUAGUAAGCGGCUUCACAAAUUUGUCGAUGGAGAAUGCUCAUGUGGAAAUUUUGAUGGAUUUCUCUAAUAUCCUCUAAGCAGCAGCUAAAGUUUACGUGUUAGCAAUCAAAAUCUGAUACAACUUUUUACACAUCUCCACUUAUUUUACUGUUACACGUUACACUACAUUGAUAAGUUUCAGAUGGUGAUUAUAGCUUCCCAAAGGUGUAGAGCCUGUAUUACUAGAUCAUACAUGAAACCGUGUUAACAUGUAAUAAACAAUGUACAAAUAGCUUGUGCGUCUAAGAUGGUCUAACGAUCUUAGCCUCGCAGAACAUGUGAAACAUUAUUUGAAUGAAAAUUUUGUAUUGUCAUAUGUUUGAA